UUUCAAUCUAUAGUCGGGUCCUUAAUAUAUAUUGUAUUCGGUACUAAAUUAAAUAUUGUAUUCGCUAUAUUAAUUAUUAGCCAAUAUACUAUAAACCUAGUCAAGGCUUACUUUCGUACAUUCAAAAGGAUCUUUAAGUACCUUAAGGGUACGCAAAGCUUA